ACAUCUGGAGAAGGGGGGGCAGAGAGAGCGUCCUGUUAUGUAUGUUUGCCCGCCAGUGUCUCAGGCCUGCUACCCACAAUGCCGUGCGGCCCUGGCCGCUCCGCUCCGUCAUGGAGGCAGCAGUGGGGGCUGCUGCUGAGGCAGCCACAUUUGUCCCAGCCGGAAAAGCACAAGGCUCUCCGGUGGCGUCCCGAAUCUUCUUCUCCUCCCGCCGAGCGACUUGAGCCGUCUCGCCUCGCAGGGGCUCAUCCACUAUGAGUGGCGGCAGCGGCGGCAGCAGUGGCUCCGGCUCCUCGUCGUCUGCUCCUGGCCGCUUUGCUGACUACUUCGUGAUCUGUGGGCUGGACACCGAGACUGGGUUGGAGCCGGACGAGCUCUCCGCAUUAUGCCAGUAUAUUCAGGCCUCUAAAGCCCAAGAUGGUGGUGGCCGUUUCAUUUCCAGUUCUGCAGAAGGUGAAAAUUUUGAACAAACUCCAUUAAGACGCACAUUCAAGUCCAAAGUUCUUGCUCGUUAUCCUGAAAAUGUUGAAUGGAAUCCCUUUGAUCAAGAUGCAGUGGGAAUGCUAUGUAUGCCUAAGGGUCUGUCUUUCAAGACACAAGCUGAUGCCAGAGAACCUCAGUUCCAUUCAUUUAUCAUCACACGUGAAGAUGGCUCACGAACAUUUGGAUUUUCUCUCACAUUUUAUGAAGAAGUUACCAGCAAACAAAUCUGUAGUGCAAUGCAGACACUGUAUCACAUGCACAAUGCAGAAUAUGAUAUUCUUCAUACCCCACCUACAAAUGGCAAAGAUAACUGUAGCACCAUAGAAGACUGCAAUGGCACCUCUGUAUCGAAGCUACAGCGAUUUAACUCAUAUGAUAUUAGUAGGGACACUCUAUAUGUCUCUAAGUGCAUCUGUCUGAUAACCCCAAUGUCUUUCAUGAAGGCAUGUAGAAAAGUACUUGAGCAACUCCACAGAGCUGUAACUUCACCUCAACCACCACCAUUACCUUUGGAAAGCUUUAUUUACAAUAUACUCUAUGAAGUUCCUCUUCCUCCAGCAGGAAGAUCUCUAAAAUUUUCAGGUGUUUAUGGACCAAUUACCUGCCAGAGGCCAAGCACCCAUGAGCUGCCAUUAUUUGACUUUCCAAUUAAAGAAGUCGUUGAAUUACUUGGUGUGGAAAAUAUGGUUCAACUCUUUACCUGUGCUCUUUUGGAAUUUCAGAUAUUGCUUUAUUCACAGCAUUACCAGAGACUGAUGACUGUGGCAGAGACAAUCACAGCACUGAUGUUUCCUUUCCAGUGGCAACAUGUAUAUGUUCCCAUCCUUCCAGCGUCUCUCCUGCACUUUCUAGAUGCUCCUGUCCCUUAUCUGAUGGGCUUGCACUCAAAUGGGCUAGAUGACCGGUCUAAACUGGAACUCCCCCAAGAGGCAAACCUUUGCUUUGUGGACAUAGACAACCACUAUGUUGAGCUGCCAGAAGAUUUGCCUCAAUUUCCAAAUAAACUUGAAUUCAUUCAGGAAGUCUCAGAGGUCCUUAUGGCUUUUGGGAUUCCACCUGAGGGAAACUUGCAUUGUAGUGAAAGUGCCUCCAAGAUUAAAAGCCUCAGGACAUGUGACAUAGUCUCUGAUAAAAGAAAUGGGAACAUAGCAGGGUCACCAGUCAAUUCUUACAAACUGUUGAAAGAAAAUGAGACCAUAGCAAGGCUCCAAGCACUUGUGAAAAGAACAGGUGUGAGCCUAGAAAAGCUUGAAGUUCGGGAGGAGACUGGUAGCAAGAAAGACCUGAAAAUGCAAUGUGAUGAAGAAGAAUUCAAAGAUUACCAGCUCAACAUUCAUGUACGGGAGGUUUUUGCCAAUCGUUUCACUCAGAUGUUUGCAGAUUAUGAAGUGUUUGUUAUUCAGCCCAGUCAAGACAAGGAAUCAUGGUUUACCAACAGGGAGCAAAUGCAGAAUUUUGAUAAAGCAUCAUUCUUGUCUGACCAGCCUGAACCUUAUUUGCCUUUCCUCUCAAGAUUUUUGGAGACACAGAUGUUUGCUUCUUUUAUCGACAAUAAGAUCAUGUGCCAUGAUGAUGAUGAAAAAGAUCCUAUUUUGAGGGUCUUUGAUUCUAGAGUGGAUAAAAUUAGGUUAAUAAAUGUUCGUACACCAACUCUGCGCACAUCAAUGUAUCAAAAGUGCACUACCAUCGAAGAGGCUGAGAAAGCUAUUGAGUUACGGCUGGCAAAAAUAGAUCACACUGCAGUGCACCCCCACUUGCUUGAUAUGAAGAUUGGACAAGGAAAAUAUGAACCUGGAUUUUUCCCUAAGCUUCAGUCUGAUGUGCUUUCUACAGGACCAGCAAGCAAUAAGUGGACCAAACGAAAUGCACCUGCACAGUGGAGGCGGAAAGAUAGGCAGAAACAACACACAGAGCAUCUUCGUCUUGACAAUGAUCAGAGAGAGCACCUGGAUUUUGUUUUGCCAGAGCUUCAGUUGCAAUUAUGUUUAGACUUGGACCAGCAUGAUUGGCCUUUCACGCACUCUAUAAAAUCUGUUUCAGAACUAUACCUGAAGUAUAUUCAAGAAGCCCGGAAUCUGGGUAGCACCAUCCGACAGCCCAAGUUGUCUAAUCUCUCACCAUCAGUAAUUGCACAGACCAAUUGGAAAUUUGUUGAAGGUUUGCUUAAAGAAUGCAGAAAUAAGACAAAGAGGAUGCUAGUGGAAAAAAUGGGCCGUGAAGCAGUGGAACUUGGUCAUGGUGAAGUGAAUAUUACAGGUGUUGAAGAAAAUACAUUGAUAGCCAGCCUCUGUGAUCUCUUAGAAAGGAUAUGGAGCCAUGGUUUGCAGGUGAAACAGGAUAGAAGCUGUACUACUUUCAUCCUAGAAGAUAAAGCAUCAGUAUACUCUGCUACAACUCAGAUUUGGGCUUUUCAGACCAGCAAACGGCCAAACCUACAUAAGGGGAAAUCUGCUUUGUGGUCACACUUGUUACAUUAUCAAGAAAACAGGCAAAGAAAACCGACAUCAGGAAGCUUCAGUACUUCAGGAAUACUUCUAGAUUCAGAAAGAAGGAAGUCAGAUGCCAGCCCAGCAAUGUCUCCCUUAAGGGUGUCUCUUAUCCAGGACAUGAGACAUAUACAGAACAUUAGUGAAAUCAAAACAGAUGUUGGUAAGGCUAGAGCUUGGGUUCGGCUGUCCAUGGAAAAGAAAUUGCUCUCCAGACACCUGAAACAUCUUCUUUCUGAUCAUGAACUCACAAAAAAACUCUACAAACGCUAUGCUUUCCUCCGCUGUGAUGACGAGAAAGAGCAGUUUCUUUAUCAUCUAUUGUCAUUCAAUGCUGUUGAUUAUUUUUGUUUUACAAAUGUUUUUACGACAAUCUUGAUUCCAUACCAUAUAUUAAUUGUUCCUAGCAAAAAGCUUGGCGGCUCAAUGUUCACAGCCAAUCCAUGGAUAUGUAUUUCAGGAGAACUGGGUGAAACAGGAGUCCUACAGAUUCCCAGGAAUACACUAGAGAUGACGUUUGAGUGUCAGAAUCUGGGAAAACUAACUACAGUACAAAUAGGACAUGAUAAUUCUGGUCUGUAUGCCAAGUGGCUGGUGGAAUAUGUUAUGGUUAGAAAUGAAGUAACAGGUCAUACUUACAAGUUUCCAUGUGGGAGGUGGCUUGGAAAAGGGAUGGAUGAUGGCAGUUUAGAGAGGAUUCUGGUGGGAGAAUUGCUGACUUCCCACACUGAGGUGGAUGAAAGACAAUGCAGAACCCCUCCUUUGCAGCAGUCUCCAAGCAUGAUCAGAAGAUUUGUCACUAUAUCACCAAACAACAAACCAAAGUUAAGCACAGGUCAGAUACAAGAAUCUAUUGGUGAAGCAGUAAAUGGAAUUGUCAAACAUUUUCACAAACCUGAAAAAGAGAGAGGCAGUUUAACACUUCUACUUUGUGGAGAAGGUGGGCUUGUCUCAGCCCUUGAGCAAGUGUUUCAGCAUGGAUUUAAAUCACCCAGGCUCUUCAAAAAUGUUUUUAUUUGGGACUUUCUAGAAAAAGCACAAGGAUAUUAUGAAGCUCUAGAUCAAAAUGAACUGGUCCCAGAGGAAAACUGGCAAACAAGGGCCAGGAGUUUUUGUCGCUUUGUCACAGCCAUCAAUAACACUCCUAGGAACAUUGGGAAGGAUGGGAAGUUUCAGAUGUUGGUAUGCCUUGGAGCAAGAGACCACCUAUUGCACCAUUGGAUUGCUUUGUUGGCAGACUGCUCCAUCACAGCUCAGAUGUAUGAGGAUACAGCACUGAUAAAGGAUCAUACCCUAGUGAACUCCUUGAUCCGGGUACUGCAGACCUUGCAAGAGUUCAACAUCACAUUGGAGGCAUCCCUUGUUAAAGGAAUUGACAUCUGACCUGCCUCUCUGCAAGCACCAUAAAAAGCAACAAACUUUUACUAGUAUGCAAAGAUUUUAUCUGUUAAUACAUUGCAUUGUGAAUUCCAGAAAUUAACAUCACUCAACGCAACUCUUCUGGAGGGAAGCUCCAAAAAGAGUGUGGAGAAAUGGAAGCUGUAAACCCAAUAUAUAGAAAGGGAAAAGAUUCCUAUAAAUUGAUUUUAGAGUUUAUUUGCUGAUUUGCUUUUAAACCUUUCAUGUGAAAGAGUUAGAUAAUUAUUGUGUAGCUUAUUUUAAAGCUGCAAUAUUUCUUUGCCAUAGAAAAUGGUGCAGUGAGGCUCUUGGCAUUCUCUGAACUUGCCUUUAGACUGUACAUUGCAAAGUAUAAUGCACACAUUCCAUUUCUGCAAAGGCUCAUUCAGCAACUUUAAAACUAAUGUUUUGUUCUAUUGUUAACAUUAUCAUCACUGCUUUUCUGUGUUCAGUCACUGCUGUGCCACAAGAAUUAAAAUUCAAAUAGUUCUUUUUAGCCUUGAAGCAUUGAAUUUGUCAGUAAAUCUUUUUUUUUCUUGUCAGUAUUAUUUUUCAGCAGACUUUUGGAGGAAAGAACCAUGCAAAGGUGCAGAGAUCAGUGAUAUUUUUAUAGGAUAUGAAAUUGCACAGGAAAAAAAUAUAAGUGUGUUUUUAACUGACAAAUAUUUAUUUAACUUUUAAUCAUGUUGUAAUGUUUUUGUCUUUAAAAAAUUCAAUGUACUUAACAAGCUGUUACAUGUCCAUUGUGUGUUCGAUUUGGGAAUCUAAAUAGAGUGCAGCCAUUCUAAAUAAAAGGCCCAAAGUAAGAAUCUUGGUUAUCAAAGUACAUUUCAGUGUGGAGCUGCCUUUUGAACCUAACUUGUUUAUAUGUGAUAACUUUUAAAUUGAUAUAUCCUAAAGUAAUCUUAAAGCCCAAAUAUCGUUAAUGUAAUAACUGUCUAAUCCCAAAUUUACUGCAACAGCACACAAGUACUUAGAAUGGGACACAGCAACAGGUUCACAGUUGUGAGACAUCAUUUCAAAACUGGCACAGCUUUUUAAACAUCACAGCACAUGCUGGUGGAAAUAUUUGGGGUUGGGUGUGAGCGAGAUCACUGUUACUCUGACUUGCCUAUGCUGCUCCUCAGCCUAAUGCUAUGUCGGGGUUUCAGGACUUUCUCUUGGUAACAUCAGAACACAAAGAACAUAUGUAAGAUUUUGGUUUGAAAUGCUUGAGUGCUCAUAUUUGCUAAUUCUUGUAUUUAAUUAAAAAGCUGUAUUUCUUGGAUGCUUGUACAUGUGUAAAAAUAGCUUACCCUCAUAGUGUUCAGAAUUUGUGGACUUUUUCAGUAGUAAAACCCCAAUUGUAAAAUCUAGUGAAUGCCUAGAAGCAACUGUUCUUGUCCCAAGGAGAUGCAUACCUAACUGAGGAAACACUAAGAUGUUCUGUACAGGGUUUUAAGUCUCUGUUAUCACUGUAUAAACAUUAUCACAACAACUAGGCUCUUUAACAUAAGGAGUGGUGAUAAGAGAGUUUUCAAUUGUCAGUUUCUCCAACAUGUAGUUUUAUUCUUUAUUCCCUACAUUUUGUGGUCAUUUUUAUUCCAAUAACUUAAAAGUAUAGCACAUGUAUGUAUUAAAUUUACUAUUUUUA